GAUCAGUCACGUUUCUCGCUAUACCCUUACCAUGGAAGCCUCUGGAACCUACAUUCUCCCAUAAAAUCCCUUUCUUUGCGUUCCUCCAUUUCUCAGCUUUGAAAGCUUCCCUGUUUACGCUCAUUCUUCACUUUUCACGCACACAUUAGCUCCCUAUCUCUUAGCCUCUUCUAUUCGAAAUGGAUGAGGAUUUUGAUAUCCCGCUGGUGGAGGAUGUGAAUGACGACAUUGAUCUUCCCGGGGAUGUUCCCACCUUGAAGGUAGGAGAAGAGAAGGAGAUCGGAAAGCAAGGCUUGAAGAAGAAACUUGUUAAGGAAGGUGAAGGUUGGGAGAAUCCUGAAACCGGCGACGAAGUUGAAGUUCAUUAUACGGGGACGUUGCUGGAUGGAACUAAAUUCGAUUCAAGCCGUGAUAGAGGGACUCCUUUCAAGUUUGCUCUCGGUCAAGGACAAGUUAUUAAAGGAUGGGAUGAAGGUAUUAAGACAAUGAAGAAAGGUGAGAAUGCUAUUUUUACCAUUCCUCCUGAGCUGGCAUAUGGUGAAUCUGGCUCACCGCCAACCAUUCCUCCUAAUGCGACCCUCCAAUUCGAUGUUGAAUUGCUCUCUUGGACAAGUGUCAAGGACAUUUGCAAAGACGGUGGGCUAUUUAAGAAGAUACUGACUGGAGGAGAGAAGUGGGAGAAUCCCAAGGACCCUGAUGAAGUGUUAGUUAACUAUGAAGCUAAGCUUGAGGAUGGAACAGUGGUUGCAAAAGCUGAUGGCAAGGAGUUCACUGUUAUGGAGGGUCAUUUCUGUCCUGCUUUGGCUAAGGCUGUUAAGACAAUGAAGAAAGGGGAGAAAGUACUUCUUACAGUGAAGCCGCAAUAUGGCUUUGGUGAGAAGGGGAAGCCAGCAGCUGGUGCUGAAGGUGCAGUGCCUCCAAAUGCCACACUCCAGAUCACCUUGGAGUUGGUUUCAUGGAAAACUGUUUCUGAGGUCACAGAUGACAAGAAGGUUAUGAAGAAGAUCUUGAAGGAAGGGGAGGGAUAUGAGCGACCUAAUGAGGGGGCUGUUGUCAGAGUGAAAUUGGUUGGGAAACUGCAGGAUGGUACCGUCUUCUUGAAGAAAGGUCAAGAUGAAGGACAAGAAUUGUUUGAAUUCAGGACAGAUGAAGAGCAAGUCAUUGAUGGUCUUGAUAAAGCUGUGAUGACUAUGAAGAAGGGUGAAGUUGCACUGUUGACUAUUGCUCCUGAGUAUGCUUUUGGAUCAUCCGGGUCAAAGCAGGAGUUGGCUUCGGUACCCCCUAACUCGACCGUGUAUUAUGAGGUUGAGAUGGUGUCAUUUAUCAAGGAUAAAGAAUCAUGGGAUAUGAACACCCCAGAAAAGAUUGAAGCCGCAGGUAAAAAGAAGGAAGAAGGAAAUGUAUUGUUCAAGUCUGGAAAAUAUGCGAGAGCUUCUAAGAGAUAUGAAAAGGCAGUAAAGUAUAUCGAUUAUGAUUCUUCCUUCAGCGAAGAGGAGAAAAAGCAAGCCAAGGCAUUGAAGGUUGCUUGCAAUCUGAAUAAUGCUGCUUGCAAGCUGAAACUGAAGGAUUUCAAGCAAGCUGAGAAACUGUGCACCAAGGUUUUAGAAAUAGAAAGUUCGAAUGUGAAAGCGUUGUAUAGAAGGGCUCAAGCAUACAUCCAUCUGGCAGAUUUAGAUUUGGCUGAGUUUGAUGUCAAGAAAGCCCUUGAGAUUGAUCCUGAUAAUAGGGAGAUAAAGAUGGAAUACAAAUUAUUGAAGGAGAAGAUGAAGGAGUACAAUAAGAAGGAAGCCAAAUUCUAUGGCAAUAUGUUUGCCAAGAUGAAUAAAACAGCUCCCAAAGAACCCGCACCAAUGACCAUAGAUAGCAAAGCGUAGGUGGUGGACACGUGACGGUUUGAUGCCUUGGGUGUUUUUUUUUUUUUCCUUAAAAAUGGGAACAGAGAAGUUGGUUUGAGUUGCAAUGGAUUCUUCUGUGUCCGAGUACGAGGAUUGUUGACGUUAAAGAAUGUUCUGUUUAUUCAUUUCCCUUUUUACAGAAAUAAUUAUUUUCAGCAUGAGGAGGUUCCAAAGAUGAGAAUUUUGGGCUUCCAUUUUUAGUGCUGAUAUAGUUGGACUUACAAAACGUCAAACGACAGGGAAAAGAAUGGAAAAAAGAAAAUACAAAAUAAUUUAGCACUCAUAUUUA